UCCAAGUUUGGAGGUUGUAGUAGGGUCUUUGUUUGGAAGCAAAGGAGUGUGUGAAGACAAAAAACAGAACAAAAAAAGUAAUGGAAGCCUAUGAUAGAAAAGAGAGAGUUCCAUUGAUCAUUUUUUUUUUUUUUGAAAUAAGAGUUCCAUUGAUCAUUGAUCCAAAAGGAAAAGCUAAAAAGUCCCUUUAAUUGGCUCUUCUGCUUCUGUCACCUGCAUAGAGAAACCUUCAGAGAUCAUCAUCAACCACAACCUGAAAAUAGACACUUUUGCACAUUCUCAACAGGCAGAUCCAAUCUUUUUGUCCCAAUUCUCUGCACCACCAAAGGUACCCACCACAAGAUCUCAUUCAUAAUUUCAUUUACAAUCAUCACCAAUGCUGCUAAGAAGCUCCAUUACCAGUACCAAGAAGUUCUUUCAAAAGACUGUAAAGAACUUCAAGUCCUUAUUUUCCACUGGCUACCAAAAACUUCCCAAAAGUCCUUCACACACUCCUUGUUCUGUUUCUGCAAUGAAUGCCAUGGACAUGAACAGCAACACCAGCUAUCAUGACAUGGAGAAGUUGUAUUCUGAUUUCAGUGACCAAUGGGAGGAAGAAAAAGAAAAGGAAUGGAGAAGAAUCAAGAAGAAAGCAGCUGCAUUGCCAUCUCCAACACAGCAAGAAAAUAAGGUCUAUAAUGGAAGCAAGAAAAUGCAGGAGGGGAAAACAGAGGAAUUUGCCAAGAAAAACAAUAAGAGGAGCUUAACCCUUCAGAGUACAAAGCAGAAGGAUUCAUCUUUUAAUUCUAUGGGAAUGAAAGAACACAGAUACUUCAUGGUGAGACAGAAGCUGAGGGAAUUGGAGAUGCUGGACAUGAGCAAUGAGGAUCAUCUGAUGGACAUUGAAGAGGUUCUUCAUUACUAUUCUCUGCUCACUUGCCCUGUUUAUCUUGACAUUGUGGAUAGAUUCUUCUUGGAAAUGUACUCAGAGUUGUCUGGUCCGGUACUGUGGCCUGAUACACCUCGCAGUGUUAACUCUAGGCUGAAGCUAAGAUAUCAGUGAAGAGUAAUGAUAAGUAGACAUAUUGGAUUCUCGCCACACCCAUCUGACAUUCACAGUACCGGCGGUUCUAUCUGCAAACAUUGGCGACGGUGUGGCCAAUUCUGCAUGUCCGCCCAUCAUUAGUCAUCUGUUUGGUAACUUAUUAGCCUGAUCUCAGGAUCAUUUAAUGUUUUCUUAAGUUGAUUUGAAGUGUUUGUUGACAUUUAUGUUCAUAGAUGACACUAGCUGUUUGUUUUUGGUGUUUCUGAAUAAUUCAAAAUUGUUUUGUUCAAUUGUUUCAUUGAUCAAUGUAUUGAUUUGGCGUACAAUAGAAAGGAAAGUUCAGAA